GCUGAUUCUGAUAAUACAACAACAAGAAACCAUGCGCGUGCCCAUACAUUAGAUCGGCUUUUGUAUCUCAAAGCUCUAGACAAGUUUCUGUCACAAUCAUUUGACUAUGAGAUCCCUGCAAUUUCUUUCAGGCCCAGUCACUCCCAUCUAGCCUGCACACCUCACCACAUCUGCAGACUUGUCUCAUCCACUGACACCUUGACCACACAGGAAUACCAGCCAUGGCAAGCGUAUCUUCAACACUACCAACUUCUAUGGAGGAGGUAGUCUCUGUAAGUCGAUACUCUUUUCUUUUUUUGAGUUCCUACCCUUAGUAUCCCCCAUCUCUCCAGGCAACACUCUCAUGGCCUGUUCAGUACUGUGACAAUCAGACGCGUUGGCACAGCGGAUUUAUAUCUACACCUUGUAUGGCAUGGUAUCACUUUAACUAACCUCCUCAUAGCUCAUCCUCCAACUCUACCAACCGGGAUCUCCUGAAAAGGUUGCUAAGACACAAGAGAUACUUCAACAGCUCCAACGUUCUUCCCAUGGUUGGCAGCUUGCAAAUAAUCUCGCAAAUCACGAGAGUGAACAAGUCAGGUUUUUUGCUGCACUAACGUUUAUUGUCAAACUCAAUACAGACUCGUAAAUAUCGCCAUUCUUGUUGCAAGAAUCUGCUAAUGUGUUACAAGCAAAUCCCUAGGAGAGCAAGAUGCCCAAGCCCUUCUGCAAACGCUCAUCAACUGGCUAAUAAGAUGCAUCGAGAAUGCUGAAGGUCCCUUGGUCACGAGAAAGUUAUGUUCCACAUUAGUUGCAUACUUCUUCCAAUUUCCGGCAGCCUGGAAGAAUUGUGUCAAGCAUCUCUUGUACUGCGUGUGUAUGAAGACGGCCGUUCCAUAUGAAUCAUUGUCCGAGGCUCCAGAUACGGAAGCACUUGUGCGAGAAAUUCCAGACAGCAAGGCCAUAGCGAUCUUCUGGUUCGCCUCUACUCUGGUGGAGGAGGUCGGCAAGACAGACUCGAAUUCGAUGAAGCAGUUGAGUUCAACAUGUCUCCCUCAUGCCCAGCCCAAAAAAGCUGACCUCUCAUUCUAG